GUUAUAUUUUCAUCAAGGAGUUUUGUAAAAUGUUUUGAUCUAUUGAGUCGAUUGUUAGAAAAAGAUAAUGAUCAUUAUCAAACCAUACGAACUCAUUUAAUUACCAUGCGAAUCAUCUCAGCUAUGAUAUCACCACCUCAUCUUCGACAAUCUUAUUUACAAAAAGUUCAAGGAUAUCUCGUUGAACCCGACUUUUCAUACUUGAAGGAAUCAUUCGAAAUCGUUUUACUUGACUCUAUCAUUAUACCACACUCAAAACCUUACAAAUCAUUGGCUUCUUUACUUCCUCAAUCUUUGAUUUCAAAUGGAACGUUUAUAAACUUUAUUAGAACCCAUAACUUAUGGUCACAAUCUAUCAAACACAAUGAGAUCUCAUCUACUGAAUUAUUAAACUUAUUAGAUUUUCAUCAACCAAAAGAAAUCAAAAGAUAUCUUCAAGAAAGAAAUGAAAUCGAUCCAUUAAAAGUACAAAUUAUUCUUUCUGAAGAUCCUAAAGACGAUUUUUAUGUUCGAUUAACUCGAUAUGAUCAUAAAGUUGAACUUGGUAUCACACAACAAAUUGAAAACAUGUCAAAAAAACUACUUUUAUCAACUUUAUCUUCUUGUAAACCAAACCUUUUUAAAUCUGGUAUUAAUUCAUCAGUUACUGGUGUGAUCACUAUAUCACCUGAUAUAUCUGAAAACGAACCUGAUGAAGAAAAACCUAAUGUGAUAGAAAUUGAUAAAGGAAAGAUGACAGAUAGGGAUGAGGGUUUUGGAAAAGAAGGAUCGGAUCCUUCUGGUAUCUAUGAAGAAAUCAAAAAAAAAGAAAAAACCGUAGGGAAGAGAAAAAUGAUAAAAAAUGAAAAAGAUUUAGAUUUAGAUAGACCUGCGAUUGGAGAUUCACCAAAUGGAUCAGAACCUGCGAUUUAUGAAGACUCGAAUCGAUUUGAUCAAAUUGAUUUAGAUCGUGAUGAUCAUUUGGUGAAUGAUGAACCAAUGAAAUUACAACAAGAACAGGGAGAAGAAGAUGAAAUCGAUGAAAUCGAUCUUCCUGCUAUACCUGGCUCUUCUCCGAUUAUAAAUGAAGAAAACUCUGGUUUGGAUGAUCAGGAUGAUGAAUCAGAAGAACCAAGAAGAACAAAUGAAAAUGAUCUUCCUAUUAAACAAGAUCGGUUAUCUUCAACUAUAAACCAAGAAAAGUUGAAUGGAUUGAAUGAUAAUCAGGAUGAAGAAAAGGUUGGAAAAGUUGAUGAUUUAAAUAAAGAAGAAAAAGAAAACC